CAGGAUUAUUUUACAGAUGAAAACAGAGUACUAAAAAAGGACCCUCAACAAGAUUACCAUCUGGAAUAUGCCAUGGAAAACAAUACACAUACAAUAUUGGCUUUUAGCAGAGAACUGCACACUUGUGACACGAAUGACAAGACCAUAACGGAGAGCACAGUGCGGGUAAUAUGGGCCUACCACCACAAAGACAUGGGAGAAGCAGGUCAAAAUUACCAUGGGUCUAAUCGUGGCACAAAGAGUCUACGUUUACUGAAUCCUGAGAAAGAAGAAGUCUUAUCUGCCUCCUUGCCAUACUUUGACUUGACAAACAAAGACGUGCCUGUACCAGACAAGGAUACAACAUAUUGGUGCCAAAUGUUUAAGAUUCCUGUACAAAAUGAAAAGCAUCAUGUGACAAAGGUUGAACCAUUGAUCCAGAAAGGCCAUGAGAAUCUGGUGCACCAUAUUCUGCUCUACCAGUGCAGCAGCAAUUUGAACGACAGUGUGCUGGACUAUGGCCACGAGUGUUACCACCCCAACAUGCCAGACUCCUUUCUCACAUGUGAGACGGUCAUUUUUGCUUGGGCCAUUGGAGGAGAGGGCUUCACUUACCCUCCUCACGUUGGCUUAUCCAUUGGCACAGCAGCUGACCCACAGUUCGUUCUUAUGGAGGUGCAUUAUGACAAUCCAUCAUACACAGAAGGCUUGAUAGAUAACUCUGGUCUGAGGCUAAUUUAUACUCCGGUUUUAAGGAAAUACGAUGCUGGGGUUAUUGAAGCCGGUCUUUGGGUCAGCCUCUUUCACAAUAUCCCACCGGGCAUGCCUGAAUUUGUGUCAGAGGGUCACUGCACGCUGGAAUGUCUGGAAGAGGCUCUAGGUGCUGAGAGACCUACUGGGAUUCAUGUGUUUGCGGUACUUCUUCAUGCUCAUCUUGCUGGCAGAGCUAUCAGGAUGCGCCACUUCCACAAUGGCGAGGAGCAGAAGCUGCUUGCUUAUGACGAUGAGUUUGACUUCAACUUCCAGGAGUUUCAGUAUCUGAAAGAAGAAAGAACCAUCUUACCAGGGGAUAAUUUAAUCACAGAAUGUCACUAUAGUACUGUGGACCGAAUUCGCAUGACGUGGGGUGGUCUGAGCACCAGGAAUGAAAUGUGCCUGUCAUAUCUGCUCUAUUACCCGAGAAUCAACCUCACCCGAUGUGCAAGUAUUCCAGAUAUAAUGGAACAGCUCCAGUUCAUUGGUGUUAAGGAAAUCUAUAGACCAGUCAGGACUUGGCCUUUCAUUAUCAAGAGUCCUAAGCAAUACAAAAACCUGUCUUUUAUGGAUGCAAUGAACAAAUUCAAAUGGUCCAGAUCGGAGGGUGUCUCCUAUAAUGAACUUGUGCUUAAACUACCAGUGAACGUGAGAUGUUCAAAAACAGAUAAUGCAGAAUGGUCGAUCCAAGGGAUGACAGCUUUACCCCCUGAAAUAGAGAGGCCAUACAAGACAGAACCAGUAAUAUGCAGCUCAUCUUCCUGUUUACGUUGCAGUUUAUUUCUCACCCUGUUGUUUGUUGUACAUGUCACAGCCAGUACCAUAGCAAACAUUGGGCCCUUUGGACAAUAAUUUUUAUUCAUUUGUGUUCUAUAUGCCAUGCAAGUUCUGAUGUAUUUGCACUGUUGCUAUUGUAGAUUUAUUUUUUUACAUGUUAAUAAACUAAAUUUGCCAGUUCAAAAUAAAAUGUGUACUUUCUCUGAAGACUGUGGCUUUUUUGGUUUUCAAUGUAAAGUAUGUAUAAAACACAGUAGGUACACUGGCACGUUGCGUAUUGAAAUCUUUUCCUGUACCGUUUUGUCACACUUUGUCCUGGCUCUUUCACAUGGUGUUUUCGAAAUCAACUAUGUAUAUGGGUAAAAUU